CAUUUGACAGAUUGACAGUGACACGUCGGUCGUUGGCUCGCAGUUUAUUUUAUUGAAAAGAAAUUUAAAAUUAGAAUUUUCUUGAAUUAAAACAAUCACACUAUAUUAUUAUUAUAGCACAAACAUCUUACAAUAAAGCAAAUCCGAAUGCUGGAGAUUGAUACUUUUUAUUUUAAUUUAUUACUUAGCUUAUAUUUAGAGAGAACAAAAUGAGUGCUAUGUCUAGAAUAUGAUAAGUAUCGCAAGACAAAUAUCUAUAGAAAAUGACUUGAUAGAAAAGUGAAAAAUAAUAUGUAAAGCUAGGUGAGUCGAACGCGGAGCGAAGAUGUCGCAGAGCGAGGUGCUGGUGGUUGGUGCGCUGUGCGCCGCGUGGUACGCGCUGAGCUCGGCCAGCAACGUGGUGGGCAAGCUGCUGCUGACGGAGCUGCCGCUGCCCGUCACCGUGACGGUGGCGCAGCUGGCAGCCACGGCGGCGUUGAGUGUGCCCGCGCUGGCGGCGUGUGGUGUGCGGCGCGCGCCCUCCUUCCCGCGCGCUACCGUGCUGCGGGUGCUGCUGCCGCUGGCGGCCGCCAAGUUCCUCACCACCGUGUGCACGCAGAUCUCGCUGUGGAAGGUGCCCGUGUCCUACGCGCACACCGUGAAGGCGACGACGCCGCUGUGGACGGCGCUGUUGGCGCGCGUGCUGCUGGGCGAGCGCUUGGCGCGUGGUGUGGCUGGCGCGCUGCUGCUCAUAGCGCUGGGCGUGGGCGUGGCGUCGCUCACGGAGCUGCAGUUCGACGCUCUGGGGCUGGGCGCGGCGCUGGCGGCCGCCGCGCUGCUCAGCCUGCAGCACCUGGGCGCCAAGCACGCGCUGCGUGACGCGCGUGUGCACCACCUGCGCCUGCUGCAGCUGCUGAGCGCGCUGGCGCUGCUGCCCCUGUUGCCGCUGUGGCUGAGCGUGGAGGGCGGGGCGGCGGCCCGCGCGCCGUGGACGCGACGCGCGGCCGCUCUGUUGGCAGCGGACGGCGUGCUGGCAUGGCUGCAGGCCGUGGCCGCCUUCAGCGUGCUGUCGCGUAUAUCGCCGCUCGGCUACGCAGUGGCAUCGGCCGCCAAGCGAGCCUGUGUUGUGGCAGCCUCACUGCUGCUGCUACGCAACCCUGCACCACCACUUAACUUGGCCGGCAUGGCGUUGGCGCUGCUCGGCGUGCUAGUCUACAACCGUGCUCGUGUAGCUGCCCGCCCACCGCGCCCUCUACUGCCCGUCUGACCCGCUGGGCGGUACAUCACUGAUCAUUAGCUCAAUCAAUGUUGUAGUGGUAUUUCAUCAACAACUAUUUAUCAAACAUAGAAGAAUUGAAAGGAUGAAAGACCAAAAGACAGAAAAUACAAGAUGUUUUAUCUGCAAACUAAAUUAUUUUCUGUUUAUCCAUAUCUAGAUAAGGAAGGAACCACAUUUUUACUACAGAACCAAUAGGCCAUUUUCACUUAAGUCUACUUCCUGUAUUCUAUUUACUAAAUAGAAACAGCAAGUUCAGGACUUUUUCAUUAAUUACAUGUAGAGUCGUUUCCUUUCUUUCCAUUUACACCAUAACACUAUCAAAUGCCUAUAGUGCCUGCUGCCAAAUACUUGUUGGUAAUUAACCCUACAUCAGUGUAGAUUAUAAAUUGUUGGGCGACCUCUAGUAAAAUUGCUUGACAAGAAAUAAAUUUUUCUUUAAAACAUGAAUAUUUCGUUAAUAUAAUGCUAUAAUAUAGUGCUUUUUCGAAUAUUUUGCUAAAGAUAGAAGUGCAGCAAUAUGAAUUUAUGAUUUUACUUAUUAUUAAUUAAUUUGAAUGCUUGAAUUCAAAAUGCUAAUUAUUGUAUUUCUUAUGAUGAAUGUUAAAACUGUACACAUAGCAGAAUCAUACAUAAUAUAAUGAAAGUACUAGAUAAACAGUAUUAACAGAUUGUAUUAACUGAAAAUUAACAAUGUAAAUCUGUGAAAUAACUUGAGAUUAGUUAAUAAGGAAUGGUUGGAUGUACAACAUUCAAUCAGAGCCGGGAAGCUUAUUUAUUCUUGUUGUAGUAGUAAAAUAUUUAUAUUUUUUAAUAUAUUUUGUCAACAAACAUCA